AUGGAGCAAAACAUAGCGCACCUCUCCUCAAAGGAGGCUGAUCUCGUCAACACUCUGCUCAAAUUUCUUAGUUUCCUUACCUCCCCAAUUGUUGAUAUCUACGUUGGCGAAGGCGACAAGCAGACCAAGCUAUCCGCUCACCAGGGCCUGCUCCUGGAUUCCCCAUUUCUGUCCGAAUUUGUGGACAAAUUCGAGUCCUCAGGCGAGCGCCGUAUCGAUCUCCCAGACGAAGACGUAGACGCCUUUGGAUGUUUCCUGCAGUUCGAGUACACUCGAGAUUACACGGUUACACAACUAGGGACCCCCUCCGCCUCCGAGGAGCCAGAGGGAGCGACCGAUAAGACUGGAGAAGAACUACUCCGCCAUGCGCGCAUCUACACAUUGGCAGAGAAGCUGGGCCUGCCACAACUGAAGAACCUUGCACAUACCAAGAUCCACCGCGUCAACGGUACUCCUCGCGGCGAGCUGUCCUAUGCUCGCUAUGUGUACACGCACACAUCCCCUGAUGACACAACAAUCCGUAAGCCCGUUGCCUCGUAUUGGGCCUCUCGUGGUCAUCUGCUGCGACACAAUGUUCAAGCGGACUGGGACAACAUGUGCCUCGAAGUCCCUGAAUUCACAUCCGACGUUCUCAAAAUUCUCAUGGACCGUAAGGAGAAGUCUGGUCCUGGAGAGACGGAAUCGACCCCAAGGGGACGCAAGCGCCUGAGGGCCGGUGAGAAGUGA